UGCACAGCUGGAGCUCCUGAUCCCUCUUGAAGCGAGAGGACAGAAUCUGACUUUCAGGGCUGCCUGAGGUUGUGAAGAAAAGCCUCACCCAGCCUGCAAUGGGGAUCAGUUCAAGCCAGCAGCCAGGCGUGGAGAAUAGUGACGGGGACACUUCCCAGGCCCUCUUCUUCCACCCCUUCACCCAUGGCUCCCAGGUCCUCCUGGAUGAGUUCCACCAUGUGGCUGAGCGGGCCAGCAGCUUCCAUGAUGGCAUCGUCUUUACCAACCGGCCCAUCCAGCUCCACGAGAAGGUGACGCUGAAGAUCUUGAAGAAGGAGCCCUGUUGGCAUGGGGGGCUGAGGGUGGGCUUCACCUCCAUGGACCCCUCCAAGAUGGACCCUGGUCACCUCCCUCCAUUUGCAUGCCCCCACCUGGUCAUGCAGGGGAAAACCUGGGCUGCAGUCCUGCCGGACCAAUGCAUAGAGGAAGGCACCAUCCUCACGUUCUGGGUGGACCACAGAGGCAGAGUUUUCUUCCGCAGCCAGCAAGAGGCCCGGAAAUUGCCCCUGCUGAAGGGCAUCCCCGUGAAUGGCCGUCUCUGGGCCAUCAUUGAUGUCUAUGGACAGACCAAGGCGGUUCAGAUUCUGGAUCCCACAAGGCCCAGUGGAGGCAUCUGUGAUCCUGCCCCAGCGCCCAGGCCAUCGUAUCCUGCCAGGCCUCAUGCGCCGGCAUGCAGAGAUUACAGCUCUCUCUCGGGAGGUGACGUGAAGGAGUGUGUCAUUUGCUGCUCACACGAGGCCAAUGCUCUGCUGCAGCCCUGCGGCCAUGCCACUCUCUGCUACUGUUGUGCCCAGGAGGUGUUCCACAACAACCAGCCUUGCCCCUUCUGUCGGGAGAAGAUACAGGACAUCGUCCAGGUCAUCCCGGGAGCUCCAGCUCUUGGAACAUGUCCUCCUGUUGGGAACCAACCAUGGCCAGGCGGAUGGAUGGAAGGGGGUGGGGGGGUUUCUGAAACCUGCCCCAGUGAAGGAUAGAGCUCUUCCCCCCAGCACAACCCUGCUGCUGGCUCCUCUUGCUGUGGGGGUCUUGGCCAUGUCUUCUCCCCCCUCACUCUCUGCACCUUGCACAGGUGAUGACUCUCCUAUACUCUCCCUGGCCAGGCUGUUCUUAACACAAGCAAUUCGCACAGAGCAGGGGAGCCAGGGGGCAGCCCCCAUGACGAGGGACUCAGCCCAGCAGAAACAAGGAAGGUGAUGAGCCAAAAUCAGGAGGCUCCAAUUUCCUGUUGUUUCUCAUGUAUUCUGGGGAAUAGCCCUUGAGAAAUCUCUAGCCUUCUGUCCAUGCCAGGAAUGGGAGUUCAGAUGCAGGGAGCCCAAACCACAGUCCAGCUCCAGACCCCAGCAGCACUGUGUGGGACUCAGAUUUAGGUCUGAACUCCACUGCUCCGGCCUGUCUCUGGGGACAGGCCUUCCUGGCCCCACCAAGCCUUUCCUCUGCCCCCUGUCGCCCCUGGAGUGGGGUGGACACUGUUCCCUGGGGAGAGCAGGGACAUGCCAGCCAGAAGGGAGAAUGGAGUGGGGAGGCAGGGAAAUUUUCAUGGGAGCCAGAAUUAGUCUGCCCAGUUCAUCUCCUGCCCAUGUAAAUGGCACUACUGC